UGGUGUGUGCGGCUCUUGCGGCACUGGCCUCCGCGCCUCUCGUGCCGCUCCUCCUCUCUCUCUUCUCCUCCUCCUCCUCAUCUCUCUCCCCUUCUCCUCCCCUUUCUUUCUCUUCCUUUCCCUCCUCUCUCCCUCCCCCCCUCCCCCUCCGGACAUGCCGCGCGUCUACAUCGGCCGCCUGAGCUACCACGUCCGGGAGAAGGACAUCCAGCGCUUUUUCAGCGGCUAUGGCCGACUGCUCGAAGUCGACCUCAAAAACGGUUACGGCUUCGUGGAGUUCGAGGACUCCCGAGACGCCGAUGAUGCCGUUUACGAGCUGAACGGCAAGGAUCUGUGUGGGGAGCGGGUGAUCGUGGAGCACGCCCGCGGCCCGCGCCGCGACAGGGACGGCUACAGCUACAGUAGUCGCAGUGGGGGUGGUGGCGGAUAUAGCAGUCGGAGACAAUCUGGAAGAGAUAAAUAUGGACCACCUGUUCGUACAGAGUACAGACUGAUUGUUGAAAACCUUUCCAGUCGCUGUAGUUGGCAGGAUUUAAAAGAUUUCAUGAGACAAGCUGGUGAGGUAACCUAUGCAGAUGCCCACAAAGAGCGUACAAAUGAAGGAGUAAUUGAGUUCCGCUCCUACUCGGAUAUGAAGCGUGCCCUGGACAAACUGGAUGGCACAGAGAUAAAUGGAAGAAAGAUAAGACUGGUUGAAGAUAAACCACGAUCAAGCCAUAGGCGAUCUUACUCUGGCAGUAGGUCCAGGUCUCGAUCUAGAAGGCGCUCCAGAAGCAGAAGUCGUAGGAGUCGAAGCAGCCGUAGCAGGUCUCGUAGUGUCUCCAAAAGCCGUUCGCGCUCUAAAUCUAGGUCACGAAGUAAAGACCGCUCACGUUCCAGAUCAAAAAGCAGGAAAUCUAGAUCAAAGAGCAAGUCAAAACCCAAGUCUGACAGGGGUUCACGCUCCCACAGCAGAUCCAAGGAGAAGUCUGAGAAGUCUCGGUCCAGGUCCAGGUCCAGGUCUCGCUCUCCCAAAGAAAAUGGUAAAGGAGAUGCUAAAUCUAAAUCCAGGUCAAGGAGUAGGUCUCGUUCCAAUUCUCCACAGCAGCAACCAUCUGCCAAGGCUCGUUCAGAGUCACCACCCAAAAGAGCUGCAUCGAGGUCCCGCUCCAGAUCUCGUUCAAAAUCUCGCUCACGAUCAAGAUCUAGUUCAAGAGAUUAAGACUAGAACUCUCCUCUUAUGUUGCACACUUACUAUGGAACACUUUCCUACUUGUCAGGCCAUUAGUGUUACGUUAGUACUUCAGAAGUUGGUUUCUUCUCUUGAAGGAGUGAAUGGCCUAAGAACUAAGUAAUGAGGCAUAAGGGUUUGAUUUGUAUCCCAGAUUCAAACAGGUUAAGUUGUAUGGAAGUGGUGGUACAAAGCAGGAAAGGCCCCCUUUUGUAGAAAUACAGCCAAGUUUGAUUUUAUAGCAUUUCAGCAGGGGUAACUUACCUACUCUUCAGUGCAACAUGGUUUUUAUAUUAAAAAUAAAUAAUAUAGGAGGCUUAAAUCUGGGCUUUUUUGGAAGUAUCAUUUUUCCUAUUUUUUCAUGGUUUUAGAACUAUGGGUAUUGUUAGCUUAGUAGGUUUCAGCUUGCUACCAAAGGCAGGAUUGCCUUGCUGGACAGGUCACGUAAUUCUCCGGUUUAUCUUAGUUUGUGAUAGCAGGCUACAAACUAUAUAAAAGUGUAACAAAACUAGGCAAAUUUUAGACCAGCAAUAAACUCCAGUUGGAGCACUUGUGCUGUAUCUUAACUCAGCUUGCCAAAAGAACACUUCCCCAUACUGUGACUGUAUUGAAGGUAAUAAAGGUACUCUGUAGACUAUGUCAAACAGUAUUGCUGAAAAUCACAGAUUACAAAGUUUAAAGAAUGAAAGCUUUGUGACAUUUUUGCUUGAAUAUCAAGUGACACUCUGUCAGACACUAAAUGUGUCUCUUGAAUGUGGUCCAGGUCACUAGUAUCUUGUAUGGUUUGUCAGCCUCUAAAUAUCUAUUGGAUAUGAAAACUAAGUAAAACUGUCUUCCCUCCCCAUUAAAUCAUUUAUGUUAACAUGGUUUUGCUUCAGAACAGGAGAGUUACAGUCCUGUUGUGUGUGAACCUGAACUUUAUUGGAAAUGUAAUCUAUUGGAGCUAGAGUUCUAGUCUUAACAAAGGCUUUGCUAAACCACAAUUGCCACUUCACUUAAAUUGUGGAAUAGAGUUCAUCCCCAAGAUUUCCCUUUAUAGCUAAAUUGGUUUUUGUAACAUGCAAUAGCAAACAUUAGAACUGCCUUGUACUCUUUAUACAAUGUGUAGUUUGACUUGUAUAAAAUUAAAUCAGUGACUCGAACUCCUGUGUUUAUUGCAGU